AUGCCUUUUUCCUCCUUUUCAACAUCAACAAAAUUUGCAUCCCCUUAUUCUUUUGACUCUCAAAUGGAUCAACCGGAAAACUCCGCCGGAAAAUCACCAAGAAGAGAGCUUCAAGGACCACGUCCGGCCCCACUUAAAGUGCGUAAAGAUUCUCAUAAAAUCAGAAAACCACCAGUGCCACCAUCACAACAACAUCACCAUCACCAUCAACAACCACUAGCUCCGCCACGACCACCGGUCAUAAUAUAUACCGUGUCUCCCAAGGUAAUCCAUGCAAACCCUAGCGAGUUCAUGACGUUAGUACAAAGACUAACCGGGUCAAAUCAUCAUUCCACCGCAUGUUCUAGCACGGAAACUGCCACGUCAUCAUUCUACCCGUUUCAAGAAAAUAUGAAUACCGGGGCUAUAUCUCCAGCAGCUAGGUUUGCGUCGAUAGAGAAAACAAGGGUACCAGAAGGGAAAAAAUUACAAAAAAAUUGUGAAAAUAUUGAAAAUUAUAAUUAUAUGGUACAUGAAGGUAUAGAAAUAGGUACAGAAAUUGAACGUGGUGGAUUUUUUCCUGGAAUAUUAUCACCAAAUCCAUCUUCACUUCCACCUAUACCACCAAAUUUUUUUUCACCACCAUCAAAUGAUCCAAAUCCAUUAGGGUUUUUUUAUGACUUAGUAAGUCCCGUGUUACAUAGUAACAACAACAACAACAACGUCAACAACAAGAAUUAUUUUGAAUUACCAAAUUUCUUGCCUAGCCCUUCGAAUAAUAAUUUCAUUUCUCCGCGAUUAUUUUUAUCUCCCGGUACUCCAUCUUUUGAUCUUUUCAAUAACUUAUUCGACAUUUGAUAUAUAUAUAUAUAUAUAUAUAUACAUAUACUUGAUUAGUCACUCCAUUUGAGCUUCGAAGUUCUUCAAUGACGAAAAUGGGAUGGAAGGGGCAGAAAUGGAAUUUAUGAUGUUUUGUAAAGGUGGUCAAACAGCAGCUAGGACACAAGGAGAAAAGUCAAAUAUCAACUAGGGUGUUUCUCACAAGUGGAGGUUCUUUAUUUUUCUUUUUUACUAUUUUGCCCCUUUGUAUUUGAAAUUAUUGACUAUUUUAUUAUAAGCAUUUUAGGGU